UACAAGCCAUGUCAAACUCCACUGUCGAGGCAGCCCGGGAAGCACAACCAAUCAUGUCUGACUCAAGAAUCGUGACCAUGCAUUGCAUCUCAUAAGGUGGUAGUGAGCUUGGUCUGUCAUCUGAACGUGACAGCUCGCCCUCCAAUGUUGCGAUGUCUUUGGUGUCAUCUAUCAGAAGGCAACCCAGGGGAUUAACCGACACAAACGCUUGAAGCUUGUAUAGGGGGAUACUCCUCCUGUGGAGGAGUGGGGGGUCCACAGGCCCGGAAACGUCAGAUAAGUUCCCACUGUGAUCCUUAGAUCUGCCCGCGUGCUAAAUUGGGAUGCACUGAUCCCAAUACUUGGAUUAAAUAUCAGUUUAAUACCGCAUAUUUUUGCUGGAUCGGGUAUCGGCCAGCUGGUACUGAUCCAAAUUCUAUCUUGCGCAUGCUCUAUAUUCUGUGUAAGCCAACAAAAGUCAUGAAGGUUAGCUUAUAAUAAAGCACUAGAAAGUUAUCAUGUAGGCCUUCUUUAUCCCAAAUGUUCUGAAGUCAUUCUAUAGUUUAAUGUGAAUUAGAUGAAUAUUCAAGUGCGUUUAUUUAUGACAACGUGAAGUAUCUUUAUAGUGUCUUUAUAAGAUUAAGGCAAAUAAUUUGAUUACUGAUGUCCAUGUAAACAUGGUCAGUGAGAGCAUGAGCUGUCUGCGAGCACUGCAAAGACACGCUGGACCCCCAAACCUGUGACGUAGUACCAAUGCCAGUCAUCCACAGAUAAGAACGACUAUAUCUAGAAACGCACAGUCAGAACAGUGUCCUGAAAAAGACGUGUUGCCUGACUGUCUUGCUCUUUAGGGGAAAUCUGCUCUUUUAUUAGACUACUUUGUUAGAAGUAUCCAGCAAAACACCCAGCUGAACAAGACUGGAUUAAUCUCAGCAGAUGCUAUCUCUUUUAUCAAUCAGGCUCUAUUAUCAGGCUCUGAAGCGAAGGAUCUGACUGCUCACUCCGCGUGUGCUGGUUAUAUACUCUACUAAUGAUUAAUCACCAGCACCUGCUGAGCUUAGCUCUGCCAACUUUUUGGCAUCCAUUGGCUUGUUUUCAUUCUCUUGGUCAUCUAGCGAACUCUCAAAGUGUGAAGAGACAUGUUGAAGUUCCCCUGAAGAGGAACUGAACCUUGCAGUAACCCACACCACUCUUUUGAUUGAUAUCCUAAAUUACUGAAAACAAAAACAAGCAGCAAAUAUGUAAAUGCAUAAUUAACAUGGCAGUGCUUAUUGCAUUAUAUUUUCCAUCUCUGAGACACAAGUCAUUAUGAUGCCCUUAAACAGUUUCUUUCCCUUUUGCUGCAAAUCUAUUUUCUUUACAGAUGUUUUGCAGAUAUUUUAGACGUUUUUACUGCACAAAAAAGUCUAUUGUACUAUCUUUUGAUUGAUCUUUACUCUUUUCAGAUCCUGCUGUGUCUGUAAUGAGCAGCAGUGUGUCUGCACAUGAAGGUGAUGGUGUAAGAGUCCAGUGUUUCUACACUUCUGGAUAUCAGAAUGACUUCAAACACUGGUGCAGAUAUAAAGAUCAGAGGUGUUUCACAAAGAAGAAGACUGACACAUCCCAGAAUUCAUCAGUGCAGAUCAGUGAUGAUGGUAAAAGCUCCUUCACUGUGCUGAUGACUGGACUGACUCUCUCUGAUUCUGGCUGGUAUUUCUGCUCUGUUGGAGAUCUGCAGGUUCAUGUUCAUCUCAUUGUCACUAAACCUGGACCCAAAGCCUUGUCAUCUAUUGCAAAGACUCCAUCAUCUGCCUCUGGAACAGACCUAAUGAACAAGGAGCAUUUCUGUCUGUCAAAGAACUAGAGGUGUUUCUCCACAUCCUGAAGAAUCAGAGAAUUAGAGAAGACUUGAUAUUAAACAGCUUUAUUUCGUGGCCUAAUGGUUAGAGAAUUGGACUUGAUAUAAAAGGUGUUUGUGCGUGUGCGCAGUUGAAUGGGUUAAUGCAGAGCACAAGUUCUGAUGGGACACCAUACUUGACCACAUGUCAUGGUUUCUUUUUCUUUCUUUUUUAAAAUCAGUUUUGUUUAGUUGUGCACUUCCAUAAUAUUAAAUCUGUGCAACAAUGUUUAUGUUCAGAGAAAUAUGUCAUGUUAACCAUGGUAUGUUACGUGUCACUUUGUCAUGUGUCAUCAUAACCUUUCAUACGUUCCCCAGCUCAUUUCUAAUGUUGUGACUAUUUUUUGCAAGCUGGUGACUGUUUUCAUUGUAUCAUUUUGUUACAAUCAUAUUUUACUAUAGCAGCUAAUAAAAUUAUCGUUUGAAUCCCAAACUAAUGUGUAA